ACUGAAAUGUUGUUAUUCACCCUCAAAGUUUAGUGUAGUGCUUUCGCAAAAGCUAUAGCAACAAUGCUUCCUCCGGUGAAUCUUGCACUGCUCGAUCAAAAUCCAAAGUUCAAGGCUCUAUACAAAGAUCUCACGACGAACAAAUUGAAUACAGAUUGCACAACCAAAGACCUUAAGAAGCAACGCAUACAAGAGGGUUUAAGUAAUGUGUGCAGCUGUAUAUGGCACCAGCUUGGAGGCACCAGGCUGACUCCUUUCAGCAACUCUCCAAAGCACGCGUCGAAGCAGCAGAGCGAUCCAUAUUGAUGGA